AUGUUUCAAUAUUAUAAUCUGCAUCCGACGAUACCGCUCCGGUUGCGGUCGGCGAAUCCUUCCCUUGUCCGGUUACUGCUGGCGGUGCUGGUGUUUGGAAACGUUUGGUUCGCCGCCGAAGGGCAAGGAUGUUCGCGCAAUCCGUGCGGUGUAGGCGCCACGUGUCAGGAGACGGCCGGUGGACGCCCGGUUUGUUCCUGCCCUGCUGGCUCUAGUGGCAAUCCACUGGUUCAGUGUCGUCGGGCCGAGUGCCUCGAUCAUUCGGAAUGCCGGGGUGAUCAGGCCUGCCGUAACGGGAACUGUGUCAAUCCGUGUGCGGGCGUAUGCGGAAUCAAUGCCAACUGUGAAGUGCGGAACCACGUGCCAGUGUGCAGCUGUCCCCGGGGUAGAACUGGAGAUCCGUUCAGUAGUUGCCGUUUGCAGGAUCCCCAGGAGCUGUGCCGACCAAGCCCUUGCGGAUCGAACACCAAGUGUGACGUGAUCAACGGUGUCCCGACCUGUUCCUGUUUGCCAGGAUACAUCGGUUCCCCACUGUCUGGCUGCCGGCAUGAGUGUGAGUCGGAUGUGGAGUGUAGCUCCAACCAGUACUGCAGCCAGUUCAAGUGCGUCAAUGGAUGUAACCAGUGUGGCAAGGGUGCAACCUGUGCCCGGGUGACGAACCAUCGAGCUGUCUGCGAAUGUCCCAAAGGCUACAUUGGUAGCCCGUUCUCCGAGUGUCGACCGGAGUGCUACGGUGAUCGUGACUGUCCCGCUGGUCGGCCAGCUUGUAUCUAUGGCAUUUGUAAAAAUCCAUGCGAAGGUGCGUGCGGUGUGAAUGCGGAUUGUAAUCUGCGCGGUUUGACACCAGUUUGUAGCUGCCCGCGGGAUAUGACCGGCGAUCCAUUCAUCAGCUGCCGUCCGUUCACGAAGGAAGAUCUGUGCAAUCCAAAUCCGUGUGGUACGAAUGCGGUGUGUACGCCCGGGUACGAUCGUAGCAAUCAGGAACGGCCCGUGUGCACCUGUCCACCCGGCUACACCGGAAAUGCUCUGUCCAGUUGUGUUCGGGGUGAAUGCCAAAGUGAUGGAGAGUGUGCCGAUCAUAAGGCUUGCAUUGCGUACCAGUGUGUGGAUCCUUGCAUUGGACAGUGUGGCGUUGGUGCUCAGUGUCAGGCGAAGCGCCAUCUUGCCGUCUGUACCUGUCCGGCGGGGACGCAAGGCGAUGCGCUCGUUUCGUGUCGUACCGCAAGGAAUUAUCCGGUUGCCCGUUACAAUAAGAAGCGCAAUGCUGUUCCCUAA